AGAUGGGCUGUGCAGAUGCACGGUUGGGACGCACUGUUAUCAGGUGCUACUCAGCUAAAUUAUAUUAACUUUUCAUUUGGCAGUUAAUGUUUUUCAGCAUCACAGAUCCUCUCUACUUUAAUUUCUGAAACAUGCACUUUCCAGACCAGCGGAUAUAAAACUCUUCAAGUUCAAGGCCGUGGUGAUCUGGAGCCAGCCCUCGGAGCGUGCGGAUGGCGGUGAAUCCUCUGGAAGCGCUCAUGUCUGUGCAGCAACGACUCAGUUGUGGCCCCACUAUGGACUCUCAGAGGCGGGAGAAAGCAGGCAAGAGCUCGGCCCCACGCCCAAAAACACGGCAGGGGCAGUCCGGCACAGUGCCUCUGCCUCGGGCCCAGAGAAGUCAGCACUCUCCAGAAAAUGCAGCCCGUGAAAGGAGUCGUGUGCGGAACCUCCGUCAAGCCUUCCACAGCCUGCAGGCAGCACUUCCCUCUGUGCCCCCAGACACCAAGCUCUCCAAGCUUGAUGUUCUGCUUCUGGCUACCAACUACAUUGCUUAUCUGACAGAGACCCUGGACCGGGAGGGGACCCAAGCAGAGCUUAACCUGCCCUCACGACCAGACGGAUACCUGCAUCCAGUCAAGAAGUGGCCUAUGCGCUCUCUGCUGUACUGUGGCAGUGUGGGGGACCUGCUUUCUCAGGACGGCACAGGGGCCCCGGCUUCAGAUGCAGACAAAGAGUGAAGCAGCCAUUGCAGUUUCUCCAAAUAUUUCACUCUGCUCCAUUCAAAAUCCAACAAUCACGAUGACUACAUUAUCAUGGUAAUGACCUUUAAAAUAAUAAUACACAGAGACAAUGGUAGAUUAUUCUGUCCUUCAAAUUAUCUGUAUGGUAUUUUAAGUUCAAGUCUACAAGAGCAGGAGCUUUGUGUUAUGCUAACAUUACGUUUUGUUUAUAGUUUGUCAAUAUUGUUCAUGGACCUCUUCUGGGCUGUUUACAACCCACAGGCUACAAAUCACUGUAUGCAAGAACACUGUGUAACCAUAGAAGGUGAGAAUAUGUACAAUAUGUAAUUAUUUAUUCUUGU